AAUUAAAAGUUUUCUUGGACGUUUGAAGUUUGUGACUAACGUUUGUGUUCCCGCAGGGAUUUUAACCAGCGAGAAGCCAAUUCCAAAAUUUUCGAAGGAUAUAGGGAAAAUUGCGCGCGCACUUACGUCAUGGCUAAGUUCACCGGCUUCUACUUGUAGUCGAAGAAGAACGAUUUUCUAGUGUGGCGCGAUAGUCGGCCAUAUUAGGUGUACGUGAGUGUAAGAAAUAUAACAGCCGAGAAUUUGUGAAGUGAAGUGAAUUUAUAAUCGCCUUAAAUAUGUCCGAGAGGGAAGAUAACGUUUACAAAGCUAAGUUAGCUGAACAGGCUGAACGGUAUGAUGAAAUGGUUGAAGCAAUGAAGAAAGUGGCUAAACUGGACACGGAAUUAACGGUGGAGGAACGGAACUUACUGUCGGUAGCGUACAAGAAUGUCAUUGGUGCCCGUCGCGCUUCCUGGCGCAUUAUCUCAUCCAUCGAACAAAAAGAAGAGAGCAAAGGUACCGAUGACAAGCUCGAAAUGAUAAGGCAAUACCGCGGUCAAGUUGAGAAGGAAUUACGGGAUAUCUGCGCCGAUAUACUCACUGUCUUGGAUAAACACCUAAUUCCAGCAGCAGGCACUGGGGAGAGCAAAGUUUUCUACUUUAAGAUGAAGGGUGAUUACCAUAGAUAUCUGGCAGAGUUUGCAACUGGUGCGGAUCGCAAAGAAGCAGCGGAACACUCAUUGGUUGCGUAUAAAGCGGCAAGCGACAUUGCGAUGACUGAACUUCCACCUACUCAUCCGAUCAGACUUGGUUUGGCCCUUAAUUUUUCUGUAUUUUACUACGAGAUCUUGAACAGCCCGGAUCGUGCGUGCCGAUUGGCAAAAGCAGCGUUUGACGAUGCAAUCGCGGAACUGGAUACCCUGUCGGAGGAAAGUUAUAAAGACAGUACGCUUAUAAUGCAACUGCUGCGUGACAAUCUGACAUUGUGGACGAGUGACAUGCAAGGUGAUGGCGAAGCAGAACAAAAGGAGCAGUUACAAGACGUGGAGGAUCAGGACGUGUCGUAACUCAUGUGCGAAGUCUCCGCGCGCCCCUCAUCACCCGUAAAAUGAAGCUUACAUAAUUAUAAAAUACCGUUUUAAAUUGAAAAAAACAAAAAAAUGAUAGGACACUCACUGUCGAUGAUCGGACCGCGUGCGUGUGUGUGUACGUAACAAUAUAAAUGAUGAUAAUGAUAAUAAUGAUGAUGAUUAUGUGCUCUGUCUUCGUCGUAAUAUGUUCGUCGUGGCGUGCGUGCGUGGGUUGCGCCCUUUUCUUACCCCUUCCACUAAGCUCUUGUCUUAUCUCCUAAUUAAAGAAAAAUAAAGACACACCCGUUAAUUCGCCUUUUCACACACAGAAAAAAAUCAUACAUAGUAUUACACAUGUUAUCAUUAUUAUUGUUUUAAUAAUAAAUGUUUUAAUGUACAGUGUGAGACCGAUCACCUAUAGCAUGCACACGCGGUGUGUCUCCUCCUUUUGAUCUUCGUCAUCAUCAUCACCCAGUAUAUAACAUAUACAUACUGUAUUAUUACUAUUAUAAUUAUAAUUGAACUAUA